GCGGAAGCGUAGCGAGGAUGAGCGGGAUCUGUAGAUCUUCUUUCUUAAUAUCUGAAGAUUUGAUUUUUGGCGAAUCUUUGUUUUACUAUCAUUUUAAUCAUCAUGAAAUGCACUUUCUGCAGGUAUAAUUUUGAUAGAUGUAAGUUUUAUACUUUUUGAGAAAAUCAAAUCAGACUUCCAAGGUAGCAGGUGGCCCGGUUUAUUUGCUGUCCAGUGAAUAUUAGUAAUUUCGUGUCUAAAAUAAUAUAUAAAAUUAUAUAGGGUAAUUCCGGGGGAGAUGGCCGUACGGGAGAGAUGGCCAAUAAAUAAAAAUACGUCUAUUGGGCAAUAGAUGGCACUAAUAUUUAUUUAGUACGCUUCGUUUCGCGACCGGCGACAAAUGUCCGUGAGUUUUUGUCAAAAAAAUAAAUGAAAAGGUAAGUAAAUUCCACUUUUUUGUUUGAUUGAAUGCUCAAUAUAAGGCAAGGGGUUAUCAUAUUACGUGGUCGCAAAAAGAUUUUACAAUAUUUGCAUGUUUUAGCACAGUUAUUGUAAAGUAAUUAAGUUUACACGCAUUCUAACCUAUAAAUUAUGAAUCAUAGUGGUAUGUUUCUUCUUUUAAUUCAUAUGGCCAUCUCUCCCGAACAAUCGGGAUAGAUGGCCUAUUAUUUUCAGGGUGAGUUAGCCAUAUAAUGUUUUUAUGUCGUUGCGGUAUUUUAGUUUAGGUAUAGGUAUAUAUAUUAAUCAAAACAUUCUUUUACAGAUGCCCAAUACCUACGUGCGUAAAGCAACAGCUGCUCGGGGGGUUUGGGAAGAAGAAGAUUUAAAAAAAGCCAUGGCUGAAGUGCGAAAUGGAAAUAUGUCGGUGUACAGGGCUUCUAUUAUUUAUAAUUUACCUAGAAAAACGUUAGAACGAAGACUUAAACUUAAUAACGACCAAAAAGGGCCUAUGGGUCCAUCUUCUACGUUUGGCAUUGCUAAUGAAAAGAGAUUAUGUAAACACAUAAAAGAAAUGCAGGCUAAAGGAUUUCCGUUGACGAUGGACGACCUAAGAAAAAUUGCAUUCCAGUUCGCUGAGCAAUUGGAAAUUAAACACCGAUUCAAUGAAUCAAAUGAGAAGGCGGGCUAUGAUUGGCUACAACUCUUUUUAAAAAGAAAUCCUGAUAUUUCUUUAAGAAAAUCAGAAGGAGUAUCUUACGCAAGAGGUAGAGGAAUGAAUAAAGACGAAGUAAGUGCUUAUUUCGAGAUGAUUGAGAAGACACUGACUGAAAAUGAUUUGCUUGAAAAACCUGGCAAUAUAUUUAAUAUGGACGAGACAGGGUUACAACUAAACAAUAAACCGGGAUAUGUUUUGGCUGAAAGGGGCUCGAAAGCUGUAGCUAUGUCGACGUCCACUGAAAAAGGCGAAACGAUUACCGUCAUAGCCUGUUGUAAUGCGGAAGGUAACUUUUUGCCCCCCACAUGCAUAAUGAAAGGGAAAAGAAAAAAACCAGAAUUUGAAGAUGGUUUGCCGCCAGGAUCACUGGUUUUUAUGUCCCCAAAAUCGUCCUACAUAACCUCAGAUUUAUUUCUAGAAUGGAUGAAAUCUCAUUUCCUGCCUAGGAAACCAGCCGGGAAAGUGCUGCUUUUGCUCGAUGGUCACUCUACCCAUUGCAAUUCUGUCAAAAUGCUGCAAUUUGCCAACGAUAAUGACAUUAUCAUGCUAUCGAUGCCAAGUCAUACCUCACACUAUCUACAGCCACUAGACGUUGCCGUUUUUAAGUCUCUUAAAAUUUAUUUUUAUGAAUCGUGCAGAUUGUGGAUGAAACAGCACCCUGGACGGCGACUCACGAGACAUCAGUUUGGAUCCCUACUUAAUCAAGCUUGGGGAAAAUCAGCCACCAGUGAUAAUGCAACAUCCGGAUUUAGAGCCACUGGAGUUUUUCCAUUAAAUCCAGGAGCUAUACCCGAUUACGCUUUUGGUAGCAACCUGGAAGCACUUGGAGAAAGUCAGCGUGAGAACCUUGAAAGGACUCAAUCAGCGCAGCUAGAACUUGGCCCGAGUACUUCCAAAACUCCGAUAUCUUAUUAUGACAAACCUACACCAACAAAAGUACUGAAUGAAAUAUCGCCGUUGCCUAACAAAAUUAAAGAAGCCUGUAAACGCGCCAAGCAGGUUAGUAUGCUUUUGACGUCUGAAGAUUACAUCGCCAAGCAAAAAAUAAAAGAAAAAGAAAAGGAAGAGAAGCUCAAGAGACCAAAGAAGAUUAAACAAGAAAUAGAGACUGAUAGAAAUAAGGAAAACAAGACUGUUAGAAAACGGAAAGCCAUUCGAAGGAUCUCAGACAGUAGCUGUGAAGAAGUCCCCAUGUCCCUUUGUGAUACUUCUGAAAGUGAGAACGACGACAAAGAAGAAGAUAACUGUAGAGGCUGUGGAGAAAAUUAUUAUAAGACCCAACUCGUCGAAGACUGGCUGCAAUGUAAUAUUUGUAUGCUCUGGACGCAUGAAAAUUGUACGGAGUUUGAGGAUAUGUGCUCCGUCUGCGGCAAUAAGAAAAAGAAGGAGUUGAAAGGACGUAAGGGCAAAGGGAAAGGGAAAAAGAGUACUGGCUAUCACUCCCCCACUCCUAUGGCCAUCAUACCCGGACAAACGGGGAGAGAUGGCCAAUCGUAAGAUUUUUAUUUCAUGCCUGAAUGAUUAUUUUUGUUUAUUUUAAGACUGAUUAUUGUUAACAUUUAAUAAGAAAUAUAAUUAAAGUUUCGUUUGUGAUUAAAGUAAUCGUUUGAUUUAUUAUGAUUCUUUGACAAUCAGACUUCAAAGUUAAUAGGGCCAUCUCCCCCGGAAUUACCCUAACUUAUAAGGUAUAAAAUAUUAUGUACGCAAAAGGAACUCUCCUAGUCCUCAGUGAAAUCUUCUAGGAAGUCUGACAUGGUCCCCACAAUACAGGUUACCUAGUGUGGAGACCACAAGCAAACGGCAUUGUUAAAACUGUCUGAAAAUAAAGAUA